GAGAGAGAGACUAGUGUAGCAGUGUUUAUAGGCAGUGAGCCAGGCUGGGUUAUGUAGCGCUUGUGUCAAUGAUCCGCCCCCACUGUUUCAGCGGCUCAGCUCUGAUGCUCAAACUCGCUGCGAAGAUGUUAUCUUAUUUCGCCUUAUAUUAGGUUUCCUUUCACGCCGACAGCUACUUCCUCGUUUGAUGACUAAAAGUUUUACGAAUAUGCUAGCUUUUUCUUAGUUUCUCUUUUCUUCGUGCGUUUACUGGGGAUGAAGCUAACAGGCUAGCAGCAGUAGGUGAUGAUAUUGCGGUUAGCUCACUAGCUUCAUCUUUUUUAUCCGCGGCUAAUGGUAAGGAACAGCAGCGCGGUCUCACGUUAACAAGCUUACAGCUACUUUCCUACACUUCUGUUUUAAAUUACUCACUAACCCACGGAGCACUCGAGUUCAAAACAACCGACUGUCUUCGUUAAAUACUUUUAAUACGAAGAAAAAUACAGCAGCAGCAGCUAGCCGGCUAGCUGCCUUUGCUGAACAGCGACGGGUUCUUAGGAGAAAGGAAAGCCUGUAAUGGCCAACGAGCCGGUUAUUCUGAACGUAUAUGACAUGUAUUGGAUCAAUGAGUUCACUACCUCUCUUGGUAUCGGGGUCUUUCACUCAGGGAUUGAGAUUUACGGCAGAGAAUUUGCAUAUGGAGGACAUCCAUAUCCAUUUUCGGGCAUUUUUGAGAUAACACCUGGUGAUGCGACAGAGCUUGGGGAGACCUUUAAAUUCAAAGAGGCUAUCGUGCUUGGGAGUACAGACUUCACAGAGGAAGAUAUAGAGCGGAUCAUGGAGGAGCUAGGAAAAGAGUACAAGGGUAAUGCCUACCACCUCAUGCACAAGAACUGCAAUCACUUUUCCUCAGCGCUGUCAGAGCUACACUCUGCAAGUGUCAAAACUACUGCUAUGAUGAUUAACCAGAAGCCUCAACACACCACAGCCGAUAUCCUGUGUGGACGUGAGAUUCCACGCUGGGUGAACAGGCUGGCAUACUUCAGCUCAUGUGUGCCCUUCCUACAGAGCUGCCUGCCUAAAGAGUGGCUUACUCCAGCAGCACUGCAGUCUAGUGUGAGUCAGGAGCUGCAGGGAGAGCUGGAGGAAGCCGAGGAUGCUGCUGCCUCCGCCUCGGCCUCCACACCUCGUCCCAGCCGACACCAGCCACGCCGAUAGGCCCAUCUAUCAUGACUGACGAGCCUCACAGACUGCCUCAAACCUCCUGCUGCCAACAGAGCCCAUUCCUUCCAGUGACAGAGCUGCGAUCCACCAGCAGUGAAGAUGAGUCCCAUCCUAGCAGCGAAUGGCUCUGACAGAAACACUGAGGGCCUUGCACUAUUGGUUUUAUUGUCUUGUUUUUGGUCAAGGACCCUGAGGAUUUUCUGCCUGAUUUACUACAAAACACUCAGAGUUGUUUUUAUCAGUGUUAAAAACAUUUUAAUACUUUUUUGUCUCUAAUGUUUAUUUUGGAAACUCAGGACAGAAAGACAUUUUCCAUACUUUUCCUAACUCUCCUAAAGGUUUUUUUUUUAUUAUUAUUAUUAUUAAUUUAAUGCUGUCUGCAAAAGCUGGAUUUUUCUCACUCACCAUUGUUUCCUCUACCACCAAUCACCUCAGUGCAUCUUCUUCUUCUUCUUUUUUUUUUUAAAGGGAGCUUUUGCUCUUUGGCCAUGUAUUUAUAGGUUCUUCUUACAGAGAAGCUGACACCAGGGCCAAACUACUCCACUUUUGUACUGACACACAUCCCAUGUCUACCCACUUUGGUGAUUGUGCCUAAAGAUUUUUACUGUUACAUGCUCAAAGAGAGCUCUGCACUCUUUCUCUACAGUUUACCCGGCAGUCUGCACGGAGCAGCAGACUCCUUUGUACCCUGCAAAACCUACUUCAGAUGAUUUACACCUUUAGGUUUUUAGAGUCUUCUAUGUAUUGGAGAAGCUGUUUGUAUUCCAUUUUAUGAUUAUUAAAGAGAACAAUAACUUUUUGGUUCAGAAAAA